AUGGCUACACAAGCUACAUCUCCGCCAGCUGGUGUACCAUUGCAGAAUGGUAUAAAUGGUGCAAAAAGUCCUAAUCCAACCAUCGCUCAUCCGUACGGUCAAACACCAGUACCUCUACCGAGCUAUGCUCCUACUUCGCGACCUGCAUCGGUUGCCUCUGCUCCUACUGCGCAAAAGCCAAGCGCUUCACCCGCGCCAGCAACUCCUUUUCUCCCACCAGGACAUCAACAAUCACCGCCAAUACAGACAAAUCGUUUGAGCCAGGCAAUUUCACAGCGGCCUCAGACGCAGACACUCAACGCCUCAUCACAGGCACAAGGCCUGAUGUCGCCACCACUGAAUCAGCCGUCGCACUCCGUCGAGUCCUCAAAUCACUACCAUGAGUUGACUACUUUAGUGGAAAAGACGCCGGCUGAUGUUGUUCGCCAAGUUGUUCGAGACAAAUGGGAAAAGUCUCUUGCGGGCUCACAGUAUCAUAUUGCUUUCUUGUUGAAUGCAACCAUGCAUCAAGCAUCCCCGGAGACUAUCGCCAAGGCCGUCCAGGAGUUUGGUGCAAACCUGGUACAAAAGUCUAAGCGCGAGUUAUUGGGUCACCUCAACGCCAGUGACUUUGACGAGCUCGCAGACUUGAUACUCCCUCGGGUUAGUACACAGUUUCUGGACAGGGCCCUUGCAAGACGUCUGGAGACGAUACCAGCCCGGCAGCUUGUCAACGCGUUGGCGCGUGCAGAACGGCUGGGCUACGAUGUCAAGGAUAUCGUCCAGGAGCAUAAUGAGCAUGUCAUCCCUUCUUUGCACUCGUUGCCGGUGCAGCCGCAGCCGCAGCCCAUGGGGCCUCUAACAAACACGACACUUAGUGCGGCACAAUAUCAUACUCCUCCCGUCGCUUCGCAAACUCACCCAGCGCCAAUGCAAUAUGGUAAUAAACCAGCGACUCAAACUCCAGCGAAGUUUCAGACUCCGGCGAAGUUGACGCCAGAACUUGCAGCGAUCGCUUGGUGCAGGUGUGGUUGGCCAUGUGCUUCUCAAGCGGCACUCGACUAUCACCACAAGAAGAGCGCCUGCCACAGAGUCCAAGCAAAUGACGUAGUUGGGAGAGACGUCUGCCUCUUCUGCGGUUGCAGAUUUGGCAGUGGUGGUGGUUUACUCUACCAUGAGAAGUCUAGCGUCUGCGGAAACCACUCUCGCGGCACUGCUGAAAUGAUGCGGAAGUUGCUUGUCCAACUUCGUCCUGAGGAUCCGCAGCCUCCUGUGCCAGACCCCUCUACUGGAAUUACACGUAUCCCAUACACCCAAGUCCCUUUACAGUCGAUGCUGCCCCAAACGACCUGGGCUAACUCAACGACAUCACAACCUCCUACUGGAACUCCAAGUCGUGAUUCGGGUCGCGAUCCAUACGCCCACCUCAGCCCUGAAGAUUUGAAGAGGUUCAAUGAUAUCAUGAAGAAUGCUGAAGAAAAAUACGGAGGUCUAAUGAAAGAAGCUGCGCUUCUCGACGAGCCAGAGAGGACGAAAAAAUUGGCAAGUCUGAAGAACUCAUAUAACACAAAGCAAAGUACCACUCGCAAGAAAUUUGGUAUCCGACUUCGCGAGAGGCGAACCCGAGGAGAGAUUGAAGCUGAGGAGGCUCGACUAAUAGGGACUCCAAGUAGCACCGCGACUCCACCUGCUACAGCCGCAUCUGACGGCGAUAUUCGCUCAAGGAAGAGGGCACGAACCGACGAUGACCAGUUGCCGUCAUCGUACGCGACUAACAGGACUCAAGAAAGUCCCCAGAAGAGGGUUCCUAUGUCAGAAAUGGGUGGGCUCUCGGGGUCAUCAGCAACCGCGGAACUCACAGAUCCUACGGCAUACUUGAACCCAGCUCAGCCCCGUUAUGUGCCGCCAAAACCAGCCGCAAUCGGUGGCCAGUCUGGUGUGCUUGGUUCUGCGGAGCGAACCAGACCCUCGAUGAGAGGAACUCUCGAUGAUCCUAUGCCAAUUGACGACGACGACAAUUCGGAAACAGACAGUGAUAGCGAUAGUGAUAGUGAUAGCGACGGCGACAUUCCGGCUACUAUCUCCUGA